AUGGUUCCUCCUUCUACCUCCUGGCAGCCACGAGCAAAUGCAGCUCAAGCCUCGCUCUACAAUCCUAACGAAUGGCUUCUCGACAGUGGUGCAACGCAUCUUCUUACGUCUGAUCUCAACAACUUGGCUAUACAUCAAGCGUAUACUGGCGGUGAAGAGGUUGCCAUAGCUGAUGGUUCAGGUUUAAGUAUUACACAUACUGGUUCCACUUCUAUCUUAACGCCUACUAUAACGCUUAAAUUGCAAGAUAUUCUUUGUGUGCCGAGUGUCAACAAGAACUUGAUCUCAGUUUAUCGAUUAUGCAAUGCUAAUCAAGUCUCUGUGGAAUUCUUUCCUUCUUGUUUUCAGGUGAAGGAUCUCACAACGGGAAUCUGGUUGCUCCAAGGCCACACGAAGGAUAAUGGUGGAGAGUUUAUUGCUCUACGCCAUUUCCUCUCCACUCAUGGAGUCUCUCAUUUUACAACCCCACCUCAUACCCCUGAGCACAAUGGUUUGUCUGAAAGAAAACACAGACACGUUGUUGAGACUGGUUUAUCUCUCUUGUCCUCCGCCAAUAUGCCCCUUACUCACUGGCCUUUUGCUUUUCCUACAGCUGUUUUUCUCAUAAAUAGACUGCCAACUCCUAUUCUUUCCAACAUCUCUCCUUAUCAAAAGCUCUUUGGUAACUCACCAAAUUAUCAUAAGCUUAGAACAUUUGGUUGCCUUUGCUUUCCAUGGUUAAGACCAUACGCACCAAAUAAGCUUGAGAAUCGAUCAUCACCUUGUGUUUUUGUUGGAUAUUCCCUUACUCAAAGUGCCUAUCAAUGUCUUGAACCAGUCUCAGGUCGUCUCCAUAUUUCUCGCCAUGUACGAUUCAAUGAAACACAAUUUCCAUUUGCUCAGCUUACCAAACCAUCCUCCUUUGUUCCCAACGACUAUGUUUCAUCCCCUUCUUUUACACCAUUUACCACUGUUCCCGUGCCUCAGUCACUCAUACAGUCGCCUUUGGUGUCUCUGGACAACCAAAGUUCCAGUCGAGAUGCUUCACCAACCACGUCGCAACAGUCUUCUAGUGGUAAUAGUGCGACUGCACCUGAACCUGAACCUGCACCGAUUUUGUCUUCGCCGACUCCAGUGUCUCAGGCUUCUGAAGCUGAGUCUCCUGAUCGAGAUUCCACUGCACAAGCUGCAGUGCCAGAACCACAACAAGAAGCACCACGACACUCUAUGACUACGCGCUCGCGUAACAACAUCGUCAAGCCAGUUACGAGGUACAAUCUUACUGCUUCUCUUCAAUGUGAUCCUUGUUGGAUACCUUCCACUUGGCAACAGACAAUCAAACAUGAACACUGGAGGAAAGCCAUGAGCUCGGAGUUCAACUCAACAACAGAAAACCAUACGUGGGAUCUUGUUUCUGUUGCUCAGACGAUGAAUAUAGUGGGAUGCCGUUGGGUGUUUACAAUCAAAUACCAUCCUGAUGGAAGUAUUGAUAAAUAUAAGGCUCGUAUUGUCGCAAAAGGGUUUCACCAGCAACAAGGUAUUGAUUACAAUGACACCUUCAGUCCGGUGAUAAAGGCGACUACAAUCAGAAUUGUUUUGGGCUUGGCAGUCAGCAAUAAUUGGCCAAUUCGCCAGAUUGACGUCAAUACGGCUUUUCUUCAGGGUCACUUGAAUGAAGAAGUCUUCAUGUCUCAACCACCAGGAUUCACUGACUCUGAUAGACCUACACAUGUCAUCAACAGUCUUGCUGCUCGCUUUUCUAUCAAGGACAUGGGAAAUCUCAGUUACUUCUUGGAUAUUGAGACGAUACGGACAGCGCAUGGUCUUCAAUUGAUGCAAAGAAAGUAUAUUACUGAUCUUGUGGUCAAAGCAAAUAUGCUUCACGCUAAACCUGUUGCAACUCCUCUUUCGACACAUCCCAAGCUUACUCUGAACUCGGGUUCGGCAACUAGUACUCUUCAUGCUUACUCUGAUGCAGACUGGACAGGUAACUCCGAUGACUAUGUCUCUACAAAUGGUUACAUCAUCUACAUUGGCUCCCAUCCAGUUUCAUGGACAUCGAAAAAGCAGAGAGGUGUUGCGCGUUCUUCUACAGAGGCAGAGUACAGAGCAGUCGCUAAUACCGCGUCUGAACUUCGUUGGAUUUGUUCUCUACUUACUGAGCUUGGAAUCAAAGUACCAACAACACCAACAGUCUACUGUGAUAAUAUAGGAGCAACCUACUUGUGCGCUAACCCUGUGUUUCACUCAAGAAUGAAACAUAUUGCCAUAGACUUCCACUUUGUUCGAGGUCAGAUACAGACAGGUGUGUCGCAUGUUGUUCAUGUCUCAACGAAAGAUCAACUCGCAGAUGGGCUUACGAAACCUUUGGCACGAGCACCAUUUCAGCUCAUCCGGAACAAGAUUGGUGUUACGCAAGCACCACCAUCUUGA